GUUGAUACAGUACUCUAUAAAAGCAUCCCACGUGACGCAUUCCUCUUCUCAUCACGCAUCUCCCCAAAGCAAACAUCAAUCAUGACUACCACCCAGUCCACAGAAGAGAAACCCUGCGUCGUCCUCCUCAACCGCCUCACCAGCGACGGCGAUCAAUCCAAACACCCCAACGGCACCAGCGGCAGCAAACCAGCUCAGCACAGCCACACCGUCAGCUUCCACAACAGCAUCGCUGCAGAACUCGCAAUCAAGACUCCGGUCAUCAUCCCCUUGCUCUCCGAUUUCCCCGAAAACUACGCCCUCUUCUACGUCACUCGCCAGGAUGGAAGCAAGGAUGACCUUUACCUAUGGGGUCAUCCUAGCGGCAAGAGCUUCAGGUCUGGUUCGCAGUUUGCUAAGCAUGUGUCUUGGCUUAUGAAGAGGGAUACUUACUAUAUGGUUAAGGGAGAUGAGGACGCCAAGGUUGCUAAGUGCGAGUGUAUGCUUUGUAAGACUUAAGAGCGGUAUACAGGAAGGACCCUAGCAUAGGGAGACAAGCAAUCUGAACUCUCUUUGGCCAACC